CGGUGGGCGUGGGUUUCUAUGGAAACAGCGAAACCAAUGACGGAGUCUACCAGUUGACUUACUCCAUUUACAAUGCCAAUCACACACUGGGUGGCAUCGGCAGUAUGGUGGAAAACUCGCUGGGCAGUAUGCAGGUUGGGCUGAAGGAGCAUCUGGAGCGGUUGGAUGAAAUAUUUUCUCCACGGGGAGACUACACUCAGACCCUGCGCUUCAUGCAGCAGAUGGCUGACAACAUUAUCCAACAGCUGACAGCCAUGCCAGACACAAGGAAAGUGCAAGUGGAUUUGGCAGCUAUCGCAGACAGGACUGCAUUCAUAGAGUACUACAGAUGGUUGACGUACCUGUUGCUGUUGAUUUUGGACCUAGUCAUCUGUCUUCUAGCAUGUCUGGGAUUGGCAAAGCAGUCUCGAUGGCUGCUCGCAGUUAUUAUGGUAUGUGGCAUGUUGACCCUGAUCAUGAGUUGGGCAUCAUUAGGAGCAGGCACUGCCACAGCUGUGGGAACCAGUGACUUUUGUGUUUCGCCUGACAAGUACAUUGUCAAUCAAACAAAAGGCGCCUUGAGUUCAGAUAUAGUGCACUAUUACCUGUAUUGCAGCCAGAGUCUUCCCAAUCCAUUCCAGCAGUCCCUCACCAUCUUCCAGAGGUCUCUGACCACCAUGCAGAUCCAAGUGCAAGGUUUGCUGCAGUUUUCUUUGGCUGUGUUUCCUACAGCAGAGAAAGACCUUCUAGGAAUUCAGCGUCUCUUAAACUCAUCAGAGUUCAAUUUGCACCAGCUCACCGCCUUGCUGGACUGCAGAAGUCUGCAUAAAGACUAUCUGGAGGCUCUGCUGGGCAUCUGCUAUGAUGGUGUGGAGGGUCUCCUGUAUCUGUGCCUGUUCUCUCUGCUGGCGGCCUGUGCCUUCUGUGCCCUGCUGUGCGCCGUCCCGCGUGCCUGGAUGCUCAUUGCCAUCAGGGACAGAGAUUAUGAUGAUAUCGAUGAAGAGGACCCGUUUAACCCCACGAGGCGCUUUAAUGCUUAUAACCCCAGCCGAGCUCAAGUCCACAGUUUCUGCAGCUACAGCAGCAGUAUGGGCAGCCAGACCAGUUUACAGCCUCCACUGCAGGCCACAUCUAGCACACCCGAGUACAUGAAUCAGUCCAUGCUGUUUGAAAGAAAUCCUCGCUAUGAAAACGUCCCAUUGAUUGGGAGCGGUUCACCACCACCAUCGUAUUCGCCCAGCAUGAGGACCACCUACCUGUCUAUGACUGAUGCCCAAAUCAGACACUUCGGGACAGACUUCCAGGUCUAGGUUUCCUAAAGCAGAUGAAAACCACUGGUCGGACACCUGUGGAUGGGAAAAGCACAAAUAUUUACUGCGUCAAAGGGAGUUCACAAAGACUGCAUGCCGUCCAGACCCGACAAACUCUCAACUUGAGGUUAAAAGGAUUCUGGGUGACUCUGAAACACGUGUAAAUAUCCGCUUGUUCUCCUCAGGGCCUCGUUGGAUCACUGAUUUAUGGUGUUUUCUGUGACCAGUGUUCAAGAAAUUUGAUUAAUGCUUCAGCUUCAGUCGUGUAAAUCUUGAUUAAUAGCUAAAGAAAGGCGAAAAACGGUUGUUUUACAGCAUAAAGGCCUUGAGCCUCCACAAAGAGCCUUUAAUUAAUAUUCUCAGACUUUUCGCACUGGUUUAAUUGACUCCAAAUGAUGCAGCCUGAGAGAAAUGAUCAAUCGCUAUCUGGCCCACAAUAAUGAGUGUGUUUUGCAUGAGGAGCGAGGGGUUUCGUCUGGUGCCUCUCUUUAUAUGUAUUUCUGUGUUUCGGCUUCAUCAAUGUCUGAUGUAGAAGUCAAAUAAAGUCUGCUGUUUAUUCCAGACCUGAUUUGUGAGGCUCGCGGCACAGGAUAAGGAUGAAUAUGAAUGUUUUUCUGCAAUGGUAAAUAUAAGGAUGAGCAAUUUGGGGGUAAAAAUCACUGACAGGCUUGUCUCUUUUGGUUGAAGCUUCUUUGUCUGUGUGUAUAUUUGCCUGUGUACUCAAACUAGAUCAAAGCUGCCUAUUUGAAGCGCUUUCCGUGUGUUUCCACUGAUGUACUGUAUAGUUUUGGCCAUGAAUGAGUUUGUUGUUUUUUUUGUUUUUUUUUUUGACCGUAUUGCUUUUUAGUCAGAUAGUUGUUUAUGAUGAAUAAAAAUAAAAAUAGAUUAGAUUAGAUUAUGACAUGUUGUCUUUGUUUGUGACAUUUCUAAAGUGCUUUUUUAAAAUGUUCAUGUAAUACUUUUUUUGUGAAAUUUGAUUCAAUAAAUAAUUUUUAAUGAAA